CCAUGACAAGGUAUUGGCAGCGUGGGUCGGGGAGGUGCGGGAAGGUGAUGUCGUAAAGCUGAGUGUCGUAAACCAGGUGCGGAGAAGGGGAGGUGAAGGGGAGGGAGGGAAGAGGAGGGAGGGGGGGAGAGGGGGUGAGAGAGGAGGUGACUCUCCGGCAGCAUUUAGACACAGCGAAAGGAUCAUGGCGGAUGGCCCCAGGUGUAAGCGCAGAAAGCAGGCGAACCCGAGGAGGAACAACGUGACUAACUACAGCAAUGCGGUGGAGGCGGGCUCGGACUCGGAUGACGAGGACAAGCUGCACAUUGCGGAGGAGGAAGGAAGCCUGGCGGACGGGGCCGACUGCGACAGCACCCCGCCGGACGACAAGCACCCCAGGGAGCGCUGCUGGGACGGAGUGAAGGAGGAUUGCGCGUCGGACGCCGAGGAUGACGGGAGCACGGACGCCCUGGUGGAGGAGAUGCUGCAGCAAGGGGACACGGCCGUCAUCUACCCAGAGGCCCCGGAGGACGAGCCUCAGCGCCAGGGCACCCCCGACGCCGGCGUCCAUGACGAGAACGGAACUCCCGAUUCGUUCUCUCAGCUGCUCACCUGCCCGUACUGCGCACGAGGCUACAAGCGUUACAGCUCCCUGAAGGAGCACAUCAAGUACCGCCACGAGAAGACGGAAGAGAGCUUCAACUGCCCCGAGUGCAGCUACAGCUUCGCGUACCGCGCUCAACUGGAGCGGCACAUGACGGUCCACAAGGGUGGACGGGAUCAGAGACACGUCACACAGUCGGGAGGCAAUCGUAAAUUCAAGUGCACUGAAUGUGGCAAAGCAUUUAAAUACAAGCACCAUCUGAAGGAGCACCUACGCAUCCACAGCGGAGAGAAACCCUACGAGUGCUCCAACUGCAAGAAGCGCUUUUCCCACUCGGGCUCAUACAGCUCCCACAUCAGCAGUAAGAAGUGCAUCAGCGUCAUCUCAGUCAACGGCAGACCGCGCUCGGGGAACGCCAAAACCCAGACCCAGGGUCCGUCGCCGGCGCUGCCCACGUCACCCUCGGCCCUCCGCACCCAGAUCAGGGAGAAGCUGGAGCACAGCAAGCCCCUGCAGGAGCAGCUGCCACUCAAUCAGAUCAAGACCGAGCCAGUGGACUACGAGUACAAGCCGACGUUGAUAACACCCUCAGCCAUGGCCGCUAUGAACGGUGGGGUUUUCAAUGGAGGUGCUGCAGCUUCUCUGCAGGGCACAGUGCAGGCCGUGGUCCUGCCCACUGUGGGGCUGGUGUCUCCCAUCAGCAUCAACCUGGCAGACCUGCAGAAUGCUCUCAAAGUGGCCGUGGACGGUAACGUCAUUCGUCAGGUGCUGGAAAGCAAUGCCAAAGGCCAGGGGAACUCUGGGUUAACCACUGGAAUGCUCCAUCCCGCACAGCAGCAACUCAUCUCAGCCAUCAGUCUGCCCCUUGUGGGCCAGGAUGGAAAUGCAAAAAUCAUUAUAAACUACAGUUUGGACCCCAGCCAGGGCCAGCUCAUUGCCCAUAACCUGAAGAAAGAGCCUGAGCCCACCUCACCAGGCCAGACCACCACUGACACCUUUAAGUCCCAGAAACUCCCCGAGGAUCUAACCAUCAGGGGAGCCAGGCCCAAUGAAACUAAAGAAAAAGAGGAAAAGACCACUAAAACUUGUCUCCUGUGUGAUAACUGUCCCGGUGGGCUGGAAGCACUCCAUGCCCUCAAGCACUGCAAGAAGGACAGCCUCAGGCUGAAUGGAGCGGGCCUGGAUAAGUCUGAGUCUGCUGUCGCUGCCUUGCUGUCAGAGGGAGGUCUCUGUAACCAGCCCAAGAACCUCUUGUCCCUGCUCAAGGCCUACUUUGCUUUAAAUGCAGAGCCCACUAAGGACGAGCUGGCGAAGAUCUCUGACUCAGUCAGCCUGCCAACCCAUGUGGUUAAGAGGUGGUUUGACAAAAUGCAGGAGGGUCAGAUAUCACUGGGUGCCCCAACACCUCCCUCGGAGGAGGAGGACACCUGUGAAGCUAGCAGCGUGGUGUCUCUGGUCCCAGGGAAGGACACGGCCAAUAUGAGCCCUUCCGGGACCCAGGGCAGCCCGACACAAGCCACCCCAGCGGAGGUCAACGGCACUCACAGCACGCCGGCCUCUCCCUCACCACUAAACCUGACAGCUGGCGGUCCCAUCCCAGCCCCGCCUCCCCAGAGCACUGAGGGACCCCUAGACCUGUCGCUGCCAAAGCCCACCAGAGAGGAAGCGGAGAGAGUGGUGGCUAAAGCCCGCGUUUACCCCUCCCCUUCCUCCGGCUCUACCAAUGUGGAUGAACCCCUAAACUUAACUUGCACAAAGAAAGAGGCAUCGCCACUCUCAGCCAUGGGCGUCAGCCCCAUCGCACUGUACGCCAGCCAGCUAGGUGCCAAACCCCUCGACAUUGUGACCACAAUGCAAUGCCUACGGGCACUCGCCACUAACAGCAAACAUACUAUCCUGAUCCCCCAGCUGGCUUACACCUAUACCACUACAGCAAGCAGCCCUGCUGGGACCGAGAUGCAGGAAACCAUCCACCUCAACGGAGUGAAGGAGGAGAAGCAGGACACGGGCUCAGAGGGCGUGUCCACCGUGGAGGAGCACAACGACUCCGACUCGGGCCCCGCGCGGAAGAAGAUGAAGAAGACGGACGGCGGCAUGUACGGCUGCGACCUGUGCGACAAGAUCUUCCAGAAGAGCAGCUCGCUGCUGAGACACAAAUACGAACACACAGGGAAGCGACCUCACGAGUGCGGCAUCUGCAGCAAGGCCUUCAAACACAAGCACCACUUGAUCGAACACAUGCGUCUCCACUCGGGGGAGAAGCCGUACCAGUGCGACAAGUGCGGCAAGCGCUUCUCACACUCGGGCUCCUACUCCCAGCACAUGAACCACCGCUACUCCUACUGCAAGAAGGAGACGCAGGGCCAAGGCGGAGGCCGGGAGAGCCCCGAGGAGGACGCCGAGGCCCGGGCCGAGAUGGAGGCACUGAGCCGGCUGGAGCGGCUCCUGGCGCCCUCCCAGCUGGACCUGGACGAGCGAGGGAGCAGCGCAAGGGAGGACGAGGAGAGUGAGGAGGAGGAGGAGGAGGAGGAGGAGGAGGGCGCGGUGGACAUGGAUGACAUCCAGGUGGUGCAGAUAGGAGACGAAGGAGGGGAUGAGGAGGAGGAGGAAGAGAGGAAUGAGGAGGAGACGGAAAUAAGGAAUGAGGAGGAGAUGGAGAGAGGAUUGGUGGAGGACGGAGAAGAGGAGGAGAAGACAGUGAUGGAGGCUAAAGAACAAGACGAGGAGGCUGACUCAAGGCGGGAGGAGGUGCUCGAGAGCAUUCAGGAAGAGGAGGAUGCCAAGGAGGAGGAAGAGAAGGCGAUGGAUGCAGAGGAAGGGGUGACGGAAGAGGGGAAAGCAGAGGUGGAGGUCACAGAGGGGAGUGGAGGCGAAACAGACACUGUUUCUGGAGAGCAGAACCAGACGCUGCAGGAGAAAGGAGACACUGACUGAAAGAGGAAUCCGACUCCUCCACGAGACACAAUCAGAUUCCUCCUCCCCCCCCCCCCCCCGUGCGGAGGAAGAACGCAGGAGAUGAUGUCCGGUCACUCUGACAGUCCGUUUCAGUUCACUACUGUGUAGAAAUCCAGGUGUGCCUGAAAAAAAAUACUAGUGACUUUUCCGCAGGAGAGCGGUUUGUUGCUGUCCGAAAAAAUCAAUUUGUAAAGAAAAAGAUGAAGACGAACUCAAAUUUUAACAAACGAAGGAAAUGCAUUAUACAGACUUUGGAAGCUAGAGCCGACACGUUUUAGAUAAUGUUUUAUUACUAAAACACCUUGGGUCAUUUCUUUUUAUCAGUGUUACUAAUUUUAUCACUCAUAUUUUAACCUUUAAAAGCUGUACAGUUGGGAGAUAUUUCUAUACCUUUUUAUUGCCAAUGAACAAAAAAAAAAAGUCAGUAUUUUAUUAAGUUGGACGUAAAAUAAGACAAAUCCUGUGCACUACAAGUGGCUUGGUUUACCUAUGGAUCGAGCAGUUGAGUUGUGUUGUCCACCCUUCAGUAUUACCGCACUAGAUAUAGCACGCCAUCACGCCAGCAGAUGUUAGCAUUACAUUUCUUUUUUGAUAUUCUUUUGAUUGAGCCUUAAUUGAGCCUUAAGAAGAAUAACAAGGGAGAGCGGAUGGGUCUAUUCAGUCAUUUACUUCCUUUUAGACUCAUUGUUGUCAAAGUUUCUUUUACAGAUCAGUGUUUUAUAGUUAACAGUUUGACAUUUUGGGAAAUAAAACUGGUUCUUUUCUUUGUGAGAGUUAGAUGAAAAGAACCCACAUAUGUGUCCGAUAAUUAUACAGCUACAGCCAGCAGCUGCUGAACUUAGCUUAGCUUAGCUGAACUUAGUUUAUCCUGGCUUAGCUAAGUUUAGCUUUGUAUGAGGACCAGAACAGAGGGGAAAAGGCUAGAUAAAGCUAAAGCUAACACUACUAAAGCUGCCCAGCUACUGUUCCACACUCCAGUCCAGUAGGUGGCAGUGAUGCAUGCUGGACUAUUUCUGACUUUUGCCCCCAGUGUGUAGUAGUUAUGCUAAAUGAGGCUGAUCAUGUCCUGGCUUCAGCUGCAUAUUUACAGACAGAUAAGUGUGUAGUAUUAUUCUCAUCCAGAAAGUAUUUUCUUAAAAUGUGGAACUACUGCUUUAAGUGUUCAGAGCGAGCAGAAAGGUGAUCAAGAGACCUGUCUGGCCCUCCCUACGCCUACCCCCUACUUCGAGCCAUAUGCAAAAAACAAACAGAAUCAAACUAAACAAGAGAAACAUGCAUAUCAAAAGUGCCAUUGAAUAUUGCUAUUGAAUCUUAGCAGCUAUGAUCGGGUAUUGCCGGGUCCCAGAUCGACCAAUAAACCGGAAUACUGUUGACUUUGGCUCGCCACCACACCUGAGCGCGUAGAGCUAGUUCUACCGCGUAUUCAUGUACCCUAGAUUUUAGAGAAGUUGCUUUUUAGUUCUAAUCUGAGCAGCUAAAAGAGUUAUGAUGCACAUGCGUUCAAAUGGAUGAUGAAGUAUGAGUUGUAAUUGCUAACUGUGUCCUGCCUUUUCAAAGCUCAUUCAGUGCACUUGUUUAACACACCAUGAAACGCUCAGAUGUCUCUUCAGGUAACAAAAUGUAGGCAAACAUGAAUCCCAGGAGUGUCACUCAAUGAUGUUUUUACCUGUCAGUAUUAUUUUUUUGUCUCUUAUGUUGUUUCAUGUUCUGGUUCCUUGUGUGUACUGUAUGUUUUCCACUAUGGCAGUAUUAUCCCCACCCCCAAGGAGAUGGGUAUGUCUGUUUAGUCAUAGAGAACUUUUAUAUUUAUGUGUCUUAUUUUUUAUAUUUCUUUAUGGUUAUUUAUUACACGAUGUAGUGUACAAGACUGUAGUUUGUAUUAAUACGAUAAUAUAUUUUAGUAUGGAAAACAAAGGCAAAUAACUACGAGCCUGGAAAUAUGAGACUCCAGCGUACUGAAGUAUGUUUUUCGAUCAAAUAAAAUGUUUUGCGAGAAAACG